CUUGCUAUAUCAAUCGCAUCUCGUGUCGAUGGACUGAAAUUCAGAAAUCCGAGUGCUGCUGCCGCUAAUAUUUGAUUUGAAGCUCUCGGGUGGUGCUGGAGCUAACAUCUGUCAUGGGUCCCGAGUCAAUGACCGUGGGAGACGAUACGAAUCCUCCAACCGGUUCGAAUAUCGAACAGGCGGGUCAUGGGCUCCAACAGAUAAUCCAAACGGAAUCUGGUCCGCCCUAUGUGGUAAACCCCAAAAAAGGAGAGCGGUCUCGGUCAGGUUGCAUUACAUGUAGGGCCCGCAAGGUAAAAUGCGAUGAACGUCCUCGCUCAUGCAUGAAUUGUGCUCGUAGAGGCCUGUCAUGUGGGGGGUAUUCCUGGGGUCCCGCACCCAAGCUCAAGAGGAUAGAUCUUCAUGCGCAAACCGACUUGACAGAAGCUGGCCUUGAAAGAAGAAGGCUCCGGGGAUCUUGUAACUCUUGUCGCUCAUGCAAGACAAAAUGUUCCGGUGACAAGCCUACCUGCGAAAGGUGUUUGGGGAAAGGAAUUUCGUGCACUUAUCGUGCACGGACCAGGCAGACCGAAAGUAUAUCCUCUCGCCAAAGUCCCCAAAGGGAAAUCGUUCUUCAGCAGCUUCGGAAUGGUACCAGGAGCAGGACAUUGCCUGGGGGCAGAGAAGAAGAUGAGAGCAAUACUGUCCUAGAAGCUGACGACGAAAUUCCAAGCCCAAAUGAUGGCAGUUCGGAUGUGCGAGGAGCUGAGUUGCCCGGUUGGCUUUUCUCCUCGUCGCUCCCAAGAAAGGAAAUAAUAUAUCAGCUCGUAGACAGUUACUUCACAAAUAUCCACCCCUUGCGCUGCUAUUCUUUUAUACACAGGCCCUCUUUUAUGGAGAGGCUUGAUCAGGAUCCUGCCAUAACACAUAUGAACGGACCCCUUCUCCAUGUGAUAUGCGCCCUUGGAGCAAAGUUCUAUGCCUUGGAAACACUUAAUUAUGAGAAAGAAAUCGAUCCCAAAAAUGUUCUCGCGUCAGGUAGCCAGUGGGCAGAUAUUGCGCAACAACAGAUAUUUGGCAACAUGAAUAAUAUUUCCGUGGAAAAUCUCAUGGCGACGAUACUACUCUAUGACCACGAACUUCGUGUUGGAAACUAUUCUGGUGCCUUCAUGAUUAGCGGCGCUGCGACUAGAAUGUUGCAAGCUCUUCAAAUCAACCUCGAAUAUUCGACUGAUAUUCUCUGCACUGAGCCGUCAAACAUGCCUUUUUGUGUGAGGGAAUCUCGACGCCGGCUUAUGUGGAGCUGCUAUGUUGCAGAUAGCUGGGUCGGUAGUGGUGUUGAUCAGCUCACGCUCAUUGCCGACUGUGAUGUGAAGGUUCAACUACCCUGUCACGAACGGAAUUUUGUUCAGCAAAUCCCGAGUAUCACUGAAACAUUGACGAGGGGUCAAGUUUUGAAAUUUAUACCACCAGAGCUCCGACCUCUGGACCCAACCAACAAUAUGGGGAUUGCCGCAUACUUUGCCCGGAUUGCUGGGAUAAGAAAGAAAAUUCUAAGAUAUAUCAAACAGAUCGAUCUUACACAACAACUGCAACUGCCAGAUGCUGAAUUUUCCAGCCUCGACGAAUCCUGUGAGGAUUGGUUAAAUUCGCUUCCCCCGUCCCUACGCCUCACAACAGCAUCUAUAUACACCCGCAAGGAUUCCAGUCAACUUGGUGCAUUAUUUGUGUUACACUGUGCCUAUCACAUUACGCUCUGCGACCUCUAUCGAAUAUCCAUGCCGGUGCUCCUACCAGGGUUACUUAGGACCCGACUGUCAGUUGAGUCAACACCGAAUCAACAAACAUUUCGAGCUCUGUAUCAGCGCAAAUGCUUUGAGCACUCCAAAGAUGCAGCCCGAAUCCUCAUGAAAGCCGUUGGUCACGGCGCAAGAUUUCUAGCUGACACCUGGCUAUGCACUUGUGCGUUUGAGAGCACAAGGACGAUGCUGUAUUAUAGCGUUCAAGGAGUCGAUCGCAACCAGAGCAACAGCAGAGAGUUAGUGUUGGAACUUAUACCACUUUUUCAGGCAAAUAUGAGGGCAAUGCGACUCAUGAUUCCCCUGUUUACAACUGCAGAGAGAUGUUAUGCUGCUGCAACAUCUCUCAUGAGGAAGGCUGGAAUCGGGUCACAUCUCGUAGAAGGCGCCCCUGGUACAGACGAGCAACUUGACUCUAGUGAUAUUGAAAGGCCAGUUGAUUACGCAAGUCCACCUAUGGAAACCCCCGAAAACGUCCUUAAUCCACUCUCAAUCUACGCCUUAACACGACAAAAUAUCGAUGAGAAGGAAUCAGUUGAUUCCAGAAACUCUUUGUAUUCAACAAGAGUAGCCGAUAAUGUCCAAACAUCUACAGUUGCCACCAAUUCUUUUCGACGAAAACCUCAAGGCGCUUUCGCUGCUGUUCUACAACAACAAUUUCCCUCACAUGUCCCUCAGGAACACUACAAUACAAAUUCGGGCGAAUUCAUGCCAAAUAUGGCCCUCAUGUGGGAACAACAUGAUUUAGGGGCUAACAUGGAUUCGUUUUGGCCAGGCUUUAUGCCCGAUUUUGACGGCUUAUGGCUACCUGCCGAGACUGCACAAGAAAAUAUGUCGGCCAUGGGCAUACCAACUUGGGUCCCCGGGAUACCCGGUGAAACUUUUGAGGGAGGUUUUGCUGUCCGUGAUGGCCCAAUUAGACCAACCCCAAGUGGAAGUGGUGCGUUUAUGUGACGCAUAAUUCAGCGAGCUAAGGGGUUCAAGACGACGUAAUGGUAAAUUAAUAUGGUAACGACUAGAGCGGGAUUAUUUGACACAAUACAGCCUCCUUCAUGAAUUUUUAAUCUGGGGCUGGAUCCUUCCCUCGACGUAAGCACCAUAUCAAAUCGGCAUGGACCACUGCAUUAUAAACACAACAGUUCAAAUCCGGCGACUGGUUUAGACUCAGGCCAACACUGCGAUCCCACAAGAGGGCCGUGCUUGUAUGGAGCGUUUGCACAGUCUACAUCUUGGCCAACAGUGUAUGCGAGCCAUAGCAACUUGUCAUCGGAACACGGCUCUAUAACAGUCGUUUUUAUGCCUGAUAUGGGCCAUCCUUGCUCGACUAGGGUGCAAGAUCCAGUCGCGCCCAAGGUAGCAGUUAUUAUUCUUUGGCUACACUCUGGAGAUAUAGAUGUAGCGAUAUCUAUAGAAGCCCCAAGAGCUACUGAAAGCAGAGCUGAAAAGAUCUAAAACAUGUUACUAUGGUAUGCCAGGAUGGAAAAACGAGUGCAAACCUACUGUUGCAGACCGCAUUGUAUUUAAAUUCCGCAGUGGUCGUAUGGGCAGAUAAAGCACAGCAACGUUUCUAUUUCGCGUCUAGGUCGUUAAUAUCGGUUCCUUCGUUGCUAAUCUCAACUUUUCGUAGCCUGUUGGGAGAAUUUCCAAUUAUUUGACUAUCUAAAUGGGCCAUGUAGUUAUAUAGGUGAUUCUGGGGAAAUAGUCAAAAUCCUAG